AUGGCUCAAACCGCGUCACCAAGCAACGAGGAGCUCGUCUCCGAGGUGACAAAGCACGUCGAGGCCUACAUGGCAAAAUACGACGCAUCCCACGACUUCAACCACAUCAAGCGCGUCGUCUCCCUCGCCCACUGCAUCCACGCGCAAUCGCCAGCCACCCCAGCCCUGGACAAACCCACAAUCACCCUCUCCGCCCUCCUCCACGACGUCGGCGACCGCAAGUACCUCCAGCCCGGCGAGGACGCAUCCACCCUCGUCUCCACCCUCCUCCGCUCCCUCGGCGCGGCACCCGAACUCGCGGCCCGCGUGCAGACCAUCUGCCUCGGCGUCAGCUACUCCAGCGAGAUCAAGGACCCGGCGCGCGUCCGGGCGCUGAUUGCAGAGUACCCGGAGCUGGCUGUCGUGCAGGACGCUGACCGCCUAGACGCCAUUGGUGCCGUGGGUAUUGGGCGGUGCUUCACGUUUGGUGGUGCCAAGGGUGCGCGCAGCAUGGACGACUCCAUCAUCCACUUUGAGGAGAAGCUGGUGAGGCUGGAAGGGAUGAUGAAGACGAAUGCUGGGAGGGAGAUGGCGCGGGAGCGGACCAAGAGGCUUCUCACCUUCAUGGAGUGGUGGCAGGAUGAGGCCGGUCCUAUCAGCGCCUGA